AUUCGAGUCCGACUCCGAAAUGGUCAAGCAACAAUUAGCUGCAGUUUAUCCUCCAAAUCGAUAGGUGGCGAGCGCGUACAUAAAAGCCUGGUUUUGAAAAAAGCUCGCGCGGUGGUUGUGGGUAAUAUUCAUGGCGGAGUUCUGAAUCUGUCUGGAGAGACACACCUUCCACUUUUUCUUUCUAUAUAUUCAAAUAGUGGAUUUAACUUGCAUCUUUACCCGUUGUAAAAGCGCAUUAGCGUCCAUACAUUUGAAGUAAUGGCUGAAACAGGCUCAGAUCAAGCUGGUGACAUGAAACAUGACAACAUUUCAUCCCCCGGGGUCUCAGAUCAAGAGAAAGAGAUGGCAACCAAUGCUUUUGAGGCUUUUAACGCUGGAAGCUAUGAUGAGUCCCUGAAAAACCUUGACAACCUUCAGGAUCUGAACAAAGAUGACUACAAAAUUACAAUGAAUAAAGCAAUCACUGAGUUUUAUAAAAGUGGGCAGACAACAACCAGCACCCUGAAGCAGAUGUUAACUACCUUGAAAAAUCAGAUGCAUACAGCCGUGGAAGAUAUUGAUGGUUUGGAUGAUGUCGAAAACAGUAUCCUGUACUACAAUCAAGCAGUGAUCCAUUACCACAUGCGACAGUAUUCAGAAGCUAUAUCCAUUGGGGAGAAACUCUACCAGUUUCUCGAACCGUUUGAAAAGUUUGCUCAGGCCGUUUGUUUCCUGUUGGUGGAUCUGUACCUACUCACCUUCCAGCCAGAGAAGGCUCUGCACCUGCUGGCUGUGCUGGAGAAACUCACUACGAAGGAAGGGAACAGCAAAAAUGGCAAAGGAGAGAGUGCCAACAGCAUGAAUAAGGAAUCUGCCGCUCUGAAAGCAGAGUUCACAGCUAUGAUCGAGGCAGCUAAAUCAAAGAUGCACCAGUAUAAAGUACGAGCCUAUAUCCAGAUGAAGUCACUGAAGGCCUGCAAACGGGAAAUCAAAUCUGUAAUGAACACAUCUGGAAAUUCUGCGCCCUCACUCUUCUUGAAGAGUAAUUUUGAGUAUUUGAGGGGAAAUUAUCGUAAAGCCGUGAAACUCCUCAACAGUUCAAAUAUUGCAGAGCAUCCAGGACCCUUAAAAACAGGUGAAUGUGUGAGGUGUAUGUUCUGGAAUAAUCUUGGUUGUAUCCAUUUUGCCAUGGGGAAGCACAACCUGGGUCUAUUUUACUUUAAAAAGGCACUUCAAGAAAAUGACAACACAUGUGCCCAGCUUGGUGAUGGCGGUAACGGGCAGGCAGCUAAGAUGUUCACGGGCAUCCCCAUGUGUGCUCUGUUAGCUAAUAAGCGCUAUGAGUUGCUGUAUAACUGUGGGAUUCAGUUACUUCAUAUCGGGCGACCGCUGGCAGCGUUUGAGUGUCUGAUGGAGGCGGUGCAGGUGUAUCACUCCAGCCCUCGACUCUGGCUCAGGCUCGCAGAGUGCUGCAUCACAGCUAAUAAAGGGAGCACGGAGCAGGAAACAAAAGGUUUACCCAGUAAAAAGGGGAUUGUUCAGGCUGUUGUUGGGCAGGGCUACCAUCGCAAGAUUGUUCUAGCAUCACAGUCCACACAAAACACCAUCUACAGUGAAGGGCAGUCAGCUGCAAUCCCAGUGGCCAGUAUGGAGUUUGCAGCAAUCUGUCUGCGUAACGCUUUGCUCCUGCUGCCUGAGCACCAGCAGCACGACAGCAAACCCGACAACAGCUCCAAGAGUUGCAGUCAGCCGGGCAGCACAGAAAGCGGCAGCGAAACCAGCGAUGCCUGCAGUGGGAAGACCCAAGAGGGAGACAAGUUCAUUCCUGCUGCGCCCUCAUCACCCUUGAGAAAGCAGGAGGUGGAGAAUCUAAGGUGCUCAAUUCUAGCCUGCAGUGCAUAUGUGGCUCUUGCUCUUGGGGACAACUUAAUGGCUCUUAACCAUGCAGAAAAGCUCUUGCAUCAGACUAAGCUGUCAGGAUCGCUCAAGUUCCUGGGUCACCUAUAUGCUGCUGAAGCCCUGAUCUCUCUGGACAGAAUCUCUGACGCCAUUGCACAUCUCAAUCCAGAGAAUGUCACCGACGUUUCGUUAGGCGUGUCAUCCACCGAACAAGACCAAGGUUCUGAUAAAGGUGAUCUGGAGCCUGUUGAGUCCUCAGGGAAACAGACGCCUUUAUGUUACCCCAGCUCAGUAAGUGCUGCCCGGGCCACAAUGCUCUUCAACCUGGGCAGUGCGUAUUGCUUGAGGAGCGAGUACGAGAAAGCCCGCAAGUGCCUCCAUCAGGCUGCUUCAAUGGUUAACACUAAGGAGAUUCCUCCGGAAGCCAUAUUAUUGGGCGUCUACUUAGAACUGCAGAACGGAAACACACAGCUGGCCCUACAGAUCAUCAAACGGAACCAGCUCCUCCCCUCCGUCAUGCCCAUCUCCUCCCCUGACCUCCGUAAGAAACCACUUCCCUUCCAGUCAUCACAGCCAGUACAGCCCAUACAGACCCCCUCCUCCUUUACACAAGUACAGCGCAAGUGAUCCCACUGACACAAACCCCCAAAAACAUGCACAAACAUCUUUUUUUUUUUUUUUACAUUUUAUUUAUGAUGCUGCAGCAGCCAAGAUGGAUGAUGGGGGGAAAAAAAAACAAGGAAGAGAGUUGUAGACUGGUUGUCUGUUGCAAUCGGUUAGAAAUAUGUACGUGUUUUGGGGUCUAUGAAAUUAUAAAUAAAUUUUAUUUACACUUGUUAAUGGUGUGAUAUUAAUGGGGUCAGUGACAAACUGCCAUACAUGAAAUUAUACAGAUUAUGAGUAAAUUAUUUCUGGCAAAUCUGCAUGGAGCCCUUAUAUUGCGAUCACGUGGAUGUUCAAAAUCGAUGGACCAAAGGUCACUGUUAGCAUAAAAUCAUGGACAAUUGUCUGACAACAGUCAUGGCAAAUAAAUAAAAAAAAAAAAAACAGUCCUUUAAAAUGUAGAAGCUUUUAAAUAUCUCAAUUGUAUAACUUGAUUCCUUCUCUACUGGUGCAUAAGACUCAAAUAAAUGUCCUGAUUUCUAAAAGCUCGUCCCUGGCGUGGGUGGACAGAUGUCGGCUUUCUUUCAUGUGUGGUCUCUCCUUUUUUGCCAUUUUUCCUUAGGGUGGCCCAUCACCUUUCUCAUGCAGGGUCUUUCUUAUGCUAAAUCCCUCUGGCCCCACACCCCCUCUUUUUCCACACACAUCUCUCCCCAUUGUUUCUCUCAUCUGACGUCCUGUCAAUGAUGCUUUGGACUCGAGAAAGAGCUCUUCUUUAAGCCUUUAUGGGUUUUUUUUCCAGCCAGAUGCUAGUGCCAAAACGCAGCUCAAUAGAUUGUUCCCCAAGAGGCUUUUUCAUGUUCGUACAAACGCAUUUUUACUGCAUCAUGGAUAAGAAAGUUAUGCUGUCCAAAUGCAGGCAAAUUGAAGAGGUCAACUGUUGGUUUCUUAUAAUGAAUACAGCUGAGCAAGUGUUUCUUAUAUAUAGCAAUGCUGUUUUAUGUAGGAGGGUGACCCCUUGGAGAGGCCGAAUAUGAACGAAUGUGAGUUAGAUGUGAACUGUGAAUCUGAGCUGUGUGUGCAACCAAAAAAAA